AUGUCAAGCGCUGCUCCGGACAGCAUCUCGGGGGCUUCCUCAGGCCUGCUGGAUCAGAACAGCUCCGUCAAACAUGCCCCUCCUGACAACGCCUCCGCUGCACUAGUAGCAGCAUGUCAAGAGAACCCCUUCUUCUUGGUCCCACAAAAGAAGAGUGGCCGCAAGGCCGCAACAUCUCUAUAA